UCGCGCUCACUGCCUUCUCCUUGCAGGACAGCCAUGCUGCGUAGGCUGGGCUGGCUGCUCCUCUACAGCCUGGCGGUGCUGCUGCUCAGCUGCCUGCUCUUCCUCAAGAAGGAGGCCAAGCUGGCCGGGGGCCCUGUGGCCCGCCAGCCCUUCUGGGCCCCCUCGGGGCACCGCCGCAGCCACUGUCUGCCCAACCACACAGUGGCUAACGCCUCCCUAUCCCUGCCCAGUCGCCACCGCCUCUUCUUGACCUAUCGCCACUGCCGCAACUUCUCCAUCCUGCUGGAGCCUUCGGGCUGUGCCGAGGACACCUUCCUGCUCCUGGCCAUCAAGUCACAGCCCAGCCACGUGGAGCGGCGGGCGGCCAUCCGCAGCACGUGGGGCCGGGCAGGGGGCCAGCGGCUGAAGCUGGUGUUCCUCCUAGGAGUGGCAGGACCUGCACCCCCAGCCCAGCUGCUGGCCUAUGAGAGCCAGGAGUUUGACGACAUCCUGCAGUGGGACUUUGUGGAGGACUUCUUCAACCUGACGCUGAAGGAGCUGCAUCUGCAGCGCUGGGUGGCAGCAGCCUGCCCGCAGGCCCGCUUCGUGCUCAAGGGAGAUGACGGUGUCUUUGUCCAUGUCCCUAAUGUCCUGGAGUUCCCGGAGGGCUGGGACCCAGCCCAGGACCUCCUGGUGGGAGAUGUUAUCUGCCAGGCCCUCCCCAACAGGAACACCAAGGUCAAAUACUUCAUCCCACCCUCCAUGUACAGGGCCCGCCACUACCCGCCCUAUGCUGGCGGUGGAGGCUAUGUCAUGUCCAGAGCCACCGUGCAGCACCUGCGAGCAGCCGUGGAAGAGGCUGAACUCUUCCCCAUCGAUGACGUCUUUGUGGGUAUGUGCCUGAGGAAGCUGGGUGUGAGCCCCACGCACCAUGCUGGCUUCAAGACAUUUGGGAUACAGCGGCCCCUGGACCCCCUGGACCCCUGCCUGUACAGAGGGCUCCUGCUGGUGCACCGCCUCAGCCCCCUGGAGAUGUGGACCAUGUGGGCACUGGUGACAGAUGAGGGGCUCAGAUGUGCCGCGCCCCAGCCCCAAGAGGCAGGUUGAACAGUGGACUGUGUUCAUUUUCUAUCAUGAUGGGAAACAGCACCUUGAAAACUGACCCUUGCUGGUCUACAGGAAAUGACUGUUUCUGUAACCCCUCCUCCCAACCUUGCUAAGUUGGAUUAAAAUCACUGAAACUUGGCUGACCUGAAUGGUGU